AUGCAAUUCUCUAUUACCACGGUCAUGACCGCUGCCCUUGCCUCUCUGGCUCUCGCAAACCCUGUUCAGCUUGAGUCUCGCCAGGACCAUUCCAAGGUCUCCUCCUUCAGCGAUGACCUCUGCACGAACGGCGAGCAGGUCUUCGAGGUCACCGGCGUCGGGGCCCGUCGCUGCAUCCCGGUCUCCAACAAGCGCUCUAUAAAGGUCGCUGAUAAGCGUUUACUGAUAUGA